AUGAGCCGUCUGCUCUUGGUGACAGCCGACGACACUCUGCGAACAAGUGCUCGAUCGAUUUCGCGAAGAGACGACCCCACUCCUGGUUCGCAGCUGGCUUCAGGGCCGGUAGCGCCGGGCUCGCCCCGGCUAGCCUUUGGGGCCAGCCCUCUUUCGCCCAGGAACGCUUCGAGCGACAGACUAGCUGGCGGCGAGAGAAAGUUCAGCUUGGGUUCACAGCGCGAAGCGGACAUGAGAAGCAAGCAGGAUCAACUGCAACAUGGAGAGACAGAGGUGAAAGAGAAGAGCAAGCCGGAGCCUGCUGUUCGACGCGCCGAGGAUGACGCUUACAUCGCACUCAAGCGGAUUCUGUUGCAACCGUCUGCCAAGGUCAUACUCGCUGCUUGCGAUGCCCUAGCCGAGUCUGAACAGUACGAAAAGUUUCUAGGAGCCGCGGUCAGGCUGUUUCAUGCCAACGACCGGAUACUGCCGCUCAUGAAGCUGAUGGUCACAAGGGAAGUCAUGUACACAUUGGAUCCCUCCACACUCUUCCGCCAGGACAGCAUCGCUACCAAGCUGCUCUCGGUCUACGCCAAGGAAGUGGGCAUGGUCUAUCUGCAGCUCGAUCCGUUGAAACUGGUGGAGGGAGCGAAUGCAGAGGCAAACGCUGAGAACUUGCAGGCGGUCGUGACCGAUUUCCUGCAGUCCAUCUACGCUCAGACCGUGAAUUGUCCUCCGGGCUUCCGGGAGAUGGCCGGCUGUCUGCAGGAGGAAGUGGGGUCGAAGUUCCCCUCGUUCAAAACGCAGGCUGUCGCCGGCUUUCUCUUCCUUCGCUUCCUUUGCCCCGCCAUGCUCAACCCCAAGGGCUACGGCAUCAUGGAGGAAACGCCGAACCGUCCCGAGUUCCGAGCCCUCAUCUUGGUUUCGAAGAUCGUGCAGCAAUUGGCGAACGGAGCACGGCCAGGGAAGCAGGACUUUAUGCAGGUCAUGGAGAGCUACAUCACAACUAAGCUGAGCGAAAUGACCGAGUUCCUGUACGCCUACGCUGCAACAACAACAACAACACAUACGACCCAGGUGAAAUCCGAGAUCAGGGAAGUGGAUGAGGUAUCGCCGAGCGUAACGCAAGUGGAGAAAGAGGCCCUGGACGUGCUCCAAAAGGUGAUGAAGUAUAACAUCCACAAGAUAGGCCGCGUCAUCGUCACAUCGAACGAGCAACGCAAGUCGUGGCGAAAGAACGUAGCGGACAACGCCGAGAAGCAGGGCUAUCUCAAGAAGAAGGGCGAGAUUUCGGUCACGUCGUCCUGGCGCACCCGGUGGUUCGUCCUCAAGAACCGAUUCCUGUACUACUUCAAGAGCCCGCAGCAUUCCACGUCGGCCGGAGCGAUCCCCUUGGGCAAGUGCACGGUCAAGGCUGUCGAGCUCGAGGCCAAGGAUAAAGACAAGGACAGCCAGGAGUUCUGCUUCGAAAUCGUCACCAACUACAGGACCUAUUGUCUCAUGGCCGCUACCGAGUCGGAGCGACUAAAGUGGAUCGAGGCGAUCGAGGCCAAGAUCAAGUCCACCGAAACCGUUCCGCUCUCUCCUGUGGUAGCUCCCCCCUCGUCGGUCGCCCAGCUGGCGCAGUCGUUGACCCCACUGUCGACGUCGGGCUCGUCGAUCACGACGGCCAAGAAGGGUUACCUGAUCAAGCGAGGCAACAUGGUCAAGAACUGGAAGAAGAGAUGGUUCGUGUUGAAGGACCAUCUCCUGUUCUACUACAAGACCCACACCGACCCCUAG